CUCGCGUCGGUCACUUACUACAAAAUGGCUGCACGGGCUCCACCGCCACCACCGCCGCCGCCGCCGCCGCCACCGCUGCCGCCGACGUCGACGACGCCAAGAACGAGAAAGGACGACUGAGAGCUUCGACGCUGAGAGAAGAAGCAACAAAUACAAGUUGAGAACUGUUUGAUGGAAGAUAAGAAAAAGAAAAGGCAAGAAGAGAAGAAAAAGAGAGAAGCCGCUCCGAAGAAGGAUACAGAACAGAUAACCAAAGUGCCAGAGUCUCCCAAGCUCAACCCCGUCCCUCCUCUCCUCCCUGCCACCCCCAACAUCAACCCCCCAGUAUCCCAAAGCAGUGGCAAUGGCAAGCGCGCCCCCUGGGGAGGCCAGCCUCAAACCGCUCCGCAGACUCCACUCCAGCAGCGCCACCCGGCCAGAGAGGUGCCCCCGCGUUUCCGCCAGCAGGAGCACAAGCAGCUGCUGAAGAGGGGCCAGCCGCUGCCCCCGGGGACCCUGACGCUCAUUGCCACGGGACAUCCUACCACCACUGAGCCUGCAGCUGCAGUGGUCAGCCACCCCGAUUCCUCUGCAACGAUCCAGUCCGCAAAACUGCCCCCACAGAGCGGCCAGGGAGCCCAGUAUGAUCAUCCCCUCUGGGGACACCUGCCAGCUGACAGGAGCGCCACAAGUGCUACAACUUCCACCAGUAGAAGUUGCAGUGAUCAACUGAUCAUUGACCAGAAGGACACAGAGGCUUGGCCUGCUAUUUCUCUUAGUCAGAACAAGGACCUUCCAGGAAGAUGCUCUUUGGAGACUGACCCUGGUCAUUUGACCAGCAGCAGUAGCACUUGUAGUACCAGCAGUAGUACUAGUAUCAAUAGCGGGUUGUCUUGUAAUACAAGUAUGGCCACGGGGGCCAAUAGCCAGACAGGCCACCUCCCUGUCAACCACUUAAGCAGUAAGGCCAACACUGGACUCAACCCUGCCAAUCAUACUGGAACCAACAUGCACUCAAGCCAGGUUGCAGCCAAUCGAAGCUGGGGCUCUGGGUCCGGCCCGUCUCAGUCCUCAGCGGCCAGUGAAGGGAAAAAUGAGAGUCCGGCGGGAGGGGGGAGCAGCAGAGGUUGGGGCUCUUCAUCAUCCUCCAGCACCAACUGUAACUUGAACUUGAACCCUAAUGCUAACCCAUCCGCGUGGCCCGUGUUGGGCCAUGAUGCGGGUGGAGCAGGGGCAGGCAGCUCAGGGGGAGCCAACAUCACUUCACCCCCUCAAUCUACACCUAACUUCUGUCAUCCCACUGGCCCCACAUCAUCCCAGACCAGCACCUAUACUGGAGCCAACACUAACAGUAACUCCUCCGGUAUUGGCAGUGCCUGGGGUAACAUAAUGACCUCUGAAGCAUCAGAGCCAAACCCUUCCCCUUCCACAAAUGUGUCUUUCAGUUCAGAACCUCAGAACCUUAAAACUGAUGGACCAAAUCACAGUAAUAAACAGGAACAUCCUAGUCCCAUCCGCCAACUGACUAGUUGGGGCAAUGCAUCUGUAGGCCUGGGUGAUAUGGGUCAACAGCCAUCAGGGGCCAAACAAGUCAACGGCGAAGACAAUACUUCUGUGUGGGCUAUUGGUGGUGACUCGAAGGCACCGUCAUCGAAAGACUUAUCCGGCUGGGGCCAGGGUGGAAGUGGGUCGGGAAAUCCUGGAGGCUGGGGUGAAACGUCCAGUGGGGACUGGGGCAAGAAGCAAACUGAAGACACCCAGGGAGGCUGGGAUGGCCCGAGCUCUCCUCCCCAGGACGCCCAGACUAGUUCUUGGAACAGAGUCGUGAGCACAACUGCUGCCAGUGAAGGAAGCAGCGACAGCAUGGAAGGACAUCCCAGGUCUAAACACCAUUCAUCCAGAGACACCCCUGCUCCCUUGUUGCCUGCCCAGGACCUCGACCCUCGGGUGUUAUGUAAUACCGGAUGGGGACAGACCCCCGUUCGUCAGCACACAUCUUGGGACAUGGACAAUACUAAAACCAAGAAUGACAUCGCCACUGAAUCCUGGGACUCUCAAACUGUUCCUAACGAUGCCCAGGGGCCUUCGAAUACUAACAUGGGUCCCCUACUAAGGAGUGACACUGGGAGCAAAAAUGAGGCGCCUGCUUCUCAGGGAGCUUCGGGGUGGGGAGGAAACAUAGCUGUUAGCAACCAGCCCAGCUCUGGCUGGGGAGACCAACCCAACAACAUUAAGCACCCAAGUAGUCCAAGUGGCUGGGGAAAUCUACCGAAAGGAGGAUCCGCCUCCAGUAUCCCCAAGAAUAGCGGUCAGUCUUGGGGAGAAGAGAAGUCAACAGGUUGGGAGGACUCUCAUAGCAAGUCAACAACCCAGAACUGGGGAGAACAACCUAAGGCAUCCCACAGCUGGGGCAAUAGCGGCGCGAGCAACUCCACAAAUGAUUGGGGAGAACCUGAUGAGAGAAAAAAGAAUUCAUCCAACUCUGGCUGGGAGGGAGAAGCAGGAGGGUGGAAGGAAACUCCUCGGGGCUGGGGAAUGCCUUCAUCGGGGCAAGGGAUGUCUGGUUCUGGAGGCAAAGCGGGCUGGGGAGAGCCUGUUAGUCCGCGUCCCAGCGGCCCUCCCCAGAGUUGGGUGGGCAAAUCUCAGGAUGGACCCAGUGGUAGCAUCGGAGGGGGCAUGGGCUCUUGGAGUGGCCCGGGCCCCGUGAGGCAGGGCUGGACCGGCAGCAAGCAGGAGUCCUCGACUCAGGCUACAGGUUGGGAAGAACCGUCUCCGCCCUCAAUCCGACGCAAGAUGGAAAUAGAUGAUGGGACCUCCGCCUGGGGUGAUCCUGGUACCUACAACAAAUCUGUCAACCUGUGGGACAGGAACAAUCCAGGAAUGUCCCAAGCCAAAACUUCUACUGGAGGCAGUAACCCCCUGGGCCCCAACAGCGGUCAUCCCCACGCGCACAAUCACGCUUAUCAAGGACCGCCCGCACCUUUACAGAAUCAUGCCCAAAACUCCCAAAACACAGGUCCAAGCAGCGGGCUCAUGGAUCCUGUUUUGCAGCACCAGUCGGCGUCAUCGCACAACAGGGGCCCUCUGAUAGGUCAAGGCUGGGGAGAGCUCCCAAGCUCCCACACUAAGCCAGAAAGCUCUUGGGGGGAGAGUACACCUUCUGGAGUCAACGUGGAUAACGGUACAUCUGCCUGGGGAAAGCCAACUGGGGGUCCCACGGGUUGGGGAGACGGGAACCCAGAUAACUACAGCAGGGGGAGCACAGCUAUGACAUCUGCAUCUUGCAAACUCGCCCCCAAACCUAUGCAAGAUGGAUGGGGAGGCGGAGGCGAGGAAAUGAUCCUCUCGGGAGGUCAGUGGGAUGCAGAGGAGGGGGACCUCUGGAACAGCGCUGCCUCCCAGGAGAGCAACUCCUCCACUAACUCUUGGGGUAACCCACCCAAAAAGAUCUCCCAAAAAGUAAAGGUACCAGGGAAGCCAGAAGAUAAUUGGAUUAUGAAUCGUCUUAUCAAACAGCUGACAGACAUGGGCUUUCCGCGGGAUCCGGCGGAGGAAGCGUUAAAGAGCAACAACAUGAACCUGGACCAGGCCAUGAAUGCCCUGCUGGAGAAGAAGACCGAACUGGACAAGCGGGGGAUGGGGUUGGCCGGCCACGACUACAACAACGGGCUCCUCAGCAAACCCAUGGGCUGCCCCCGACCUCCCCUUCUCUCCAAAGAACCCCCCACAGAUCCCCGCUCACCCUUCCUGGAUAAACAAAUGCAGAGUGGAAUGUUUGGUGGUGGAGCAGCACAAGCCCGGGCCAUGCCUCAGCCGCCUCCUCAGCCGCCAGUGCCGCCUCUCGGCUCUUCUCAGCCUAGUCUACGGGCUCAAGUGCCUCAGUUUCUCUCCCCUCAGGUUCAAGCACAGCUCUUACAGUUUGCAGCAAAAAACAUUGGUCUGAAUCCUGCACUUUUAACCUCGCCAAUAAACCCUCAACAUAUGACCCUUCUGAAUCAACUCUACCAGCUGCAGCUGUCUUACCAGCGUUUACAAAUUCAGCAGCAGAUGUUACAGGCGCAGCGCAACGUUUCUGGACCCAUUCGACAACAAGAGCAGCAAGUUGCACGUACAAUCAAUAACAUGCAGCAGCAGAUCCAACAGCAUCAGCGUCAGCUGGCCCAGGCUCUGCUAAUGAAGCAGCAGCAACAGCAGCCUCCCCACUCCCACACGGGCCUACAUCACGGCGGGACCAAAUCCACCCUCGAUUCAUUUCCGGGCCACUCCCAGGCUCCAGGCCUCCCCGACCUGCAGACCAAAGAGCCGCAGUCUUCUCAAAACACCUACAGCCCCUAUUCUCUCUCUGGACUGAAUCCAAACAUGAAUGUAAACUGCAUGGAGGUGGGGAUGUCUAUGAAGGAGCCCCCCCAGCCCCAGUCGCGCCUGUCACAGUGGACGCACCCCAACCCUAUGGAAACCCUCUCUGGAAACUCCUCUCCUUUAGAAACCAACCUGAGCAAACAUGGUACCAACCUGGGGCCCCCAGGCAAGCAGCUGGAUGACUCCUACAGCCCCUAUAACCUGAUGUCCACUUCCGAGUCUCCCACCAGCUCCCUUGUGCCCCCGGACAGCUGGGGGCAGGGGAAGGGCAGCAGUGACAAGAUGGCCAACGGGACAAACAUCAACUGGCCGCCAGAGUUCUGCCCAGGCGUCCCCUGGAAGGGUCUCCAGAACAUCGACCCGGAGACGGACCCCAACAUGACGCCGGGUAGUGUCCCGAGUGGCCCCACGAUAAACACUAACAUCCAAGACGUCAACCGCUACCUGCUGCGAGACAGAAGUGCAGGAAAACUGUCAGAGAUGAAAUCCACCUGGUCUCCAGGUCCCAUCUCCCACAGUCAGGCCUCUCUUUCCCAUGACAUGUGGAAGGUUCCACAGGGACCCCGAAGCAGCGCCGCAGCUCCCUCCCGCCCUCCGCCCGGCCUCACAAACACCAAACCGUCCUCAACGUGGGGGGGCAAUUCUCUGGGUCUCUCCCAAGGCUGGAGCAGUUCUUACACCACGACAGGCACCACAUGGAGUACAGACAGCUCCAACAGAACUAGUAGCUGGCUGGUUCUGAGAAACCUGACUCCACAGAUUGACGGUUCAACUCUGCGCACGCUGUGCAUGCAGCACGGCCCGCUCAUCACAUUCCACCUCAACCUGACACAGGGCAACGCCGUGGUGCGUUACAGCUCCAAGGACGAAGCUGCCAAGGCUCAGAAGUCCCUGCACAUGUGCGUGCUCGGGAACACCACCAUUCUGGCGGAGUUUGCCGGAGAAGAGGAAGUCAAUCGCUUCUUUGCACAAGGCCAGUCCCUCGGCGGGAUGACCAGCUGGCAGGCCACUCCGGCCGCCAACCAGACCAGGAUGGGCGGGUCCGGGUCCGGAGCCUCCCACCCCAUUGGCCACGCGCCCCACUGGAACAACAACAACGGCGGCGGCGGAGGAUCCGGCGGCACGAAGGCCGGCGGCGAGUUGCUGUGGGGCGGCGUGCAGCAGUAUUCCAGCCUGUGGGGGCCCCCUAGUGGGGAGGAGGGUCGGGUGAUGGGGAGUCCCAGCCCAAUCAAUACGCUGCUUCCUGGAGACCUGCUGAGCGGGGAGUCCAUGUGAGGACAACGGAGCAAAAUCUGUACGGAGAUAAUCAGCACGGGAGUAACCAAUGAAGGUGAAGGAGGAGACUAGACGAGUCCAUAAACUUGUCGCCUUCCUCUACUCCUUUUUUUUUUGUUUUUUGUUUUUUUUUUUAAAGGUGCAGUUCUGCUAAGUGAAAAGUCACAUCGUUGAGCUUUUCCACCCGGAGACACGAGAAGAUGUCUUUCAUCCAUUUCAAGAACACUUUUUACACGAGCGGGACGACGCGCACGCGUCAUAACUGGCACGGUGACGAGCCGCCAUCUUUAACUCGGCUUCAUCCCUCUCGGCCUUUUCCCGAGGCAAUCGUUACUGCACCUCAGAGACCCGGGAGAAGGCGUCAUUCCCAAAGUUUGGAAAAGUUGCGGACUCUCAGCACUAAUAUUGGCCUUAACCUCCCCACCCGCUUCCCUCGCUCACUCUGUAACUCGCUGAAGAAGCAUACGGACCCUCGCACACCCUUAUCUCUGAGCCAGUGAAACUCGAGCGGAGAGUAUUUGCUGCUGCGGAAGCAACCACAGCCGCCCCCCCACCCCGCCUACAAACUGUGCGGAGCCCCCACGUAAACGCUCUCAAAGGGAAUGAUGCAACUCUAUUCGCCUUGUUCAAGCCAUUUAUUUUUGUAGUGCUUUUUUUUUCUUUUUUUCUUCAACCAUUGCAAGCAAAUUUAAGAAAUGCUAUUAUUCAGAUGUGUUCACAGAGGAAGGCAGGAGGGGGGGUUAGCGGGUUUACAGGGAGGGGGGGGGGGCAUCGCAUGUACAACUGUAAGAUGUGAUGAACUGUCGACAUAAACCACUGCUAUCACCGUGGCGCUGUAAGGAUGAGGGAGGGGGUAAAAAAAAAAAAAAAAAAACAACGCACAUCAGCUUGCAGUUUGAUCUGCACCUCAGAACAGGAAGAAGAAAAAAAGGUGUGGACACGGUGCCCCCCACCUCCAUCGCGCCACCCCCCCACACCCCUUUGUCACAAAGCAACCAUUUCAAGCGACGUGCAAUAUACACCACAACAGACUGUACCGUCCAUGCUCCCUACUGAUCGAGAAGAGAACCACAAAAAAAAAACAACAAAAACAAACAAAAAAAAACAACAACAAGUCACGUGACCUGUGACCUGCUCCACCCUCAGACUACAGUAUAACUGCCACUAAAUCCCCUUAAUCCCUCUCGGUGUGAGUGUGUUUGCGUUUGAGCUCAGGAGAGUAGCAAGCCGGUUUGUCUGAUAUUCAAGGACGUUCACUUAUAGCACUUCUCAGCAGGCGACAAGUGUGUGUGUGUAUUUGUGUGUAGAGAGAGCGCGAGAGAAGGCGUCGAACCAAAAAGAAAGGAGCCUUCUCUUUAUUUGUUUUUUUUUGUUUAUUUUCCUCAUCUCAUUGAACCCAAAUGAAGGGCGUUAGAACCGAAUGAAGUCCAUGUGAAAGGCACCCCCCCCCCCCCCACUGUGUCCUGCCUGCUCGCCCGUCAACACCAAGAUGGUGACAGGAGAAGCAACACCGGCGUAGAAAGUGACUGACUCGCCGAGUGGCUUCCAGCUUCACUCCCGGAUCGAACACGGUAGCAAAGCGAAGAGCACUGCAAGGAUCAUGUGGUGUUUGGGGGGGUGGGGGGGGCAGGGAUUCAAACGCACCCCUCAACUUUCGCACCAUUUUUUUUUUUUUUUUUUUUAAAUAUGAAAGCCUUGUUUUUUUUUCCCGGACCGGAGAUGCGCGUUGUACUCGCGUCGUUGGAGGCCGCUGAGUGCCUGCCUGCUUGUGGGGCGCCGUGUUCCGCAAGCAGAUCUCAAAACCGAACCCCCCACCGCCGCAACCCCCCC